ACUAUUCCUCAAGCUUUAAGUUUGUUGAAGUCUUUAAUAAGUUUUGCCAAAAUAUAUAGAAAUAUUACUCCUAACUUAAAUGUUAUAGGAAUAGUCAUCAAAAUUAUGAGUUACUCCACAGUAUCCCAUGUUGCCCAUGAAUCCUACCCUCCACCACAAGGAUACCCUGGAGUAGCACCUCCACCGCCACCUCGUCCUAGGUUCGAGCAAGGUUAUGCGUCUGGGCUUGGGCCUAGGCCUGGUCCUGGGCCUGGUUAUCAAAGCUACUUCAGUGAUAAUUACCCACCACAAGUAUCCCACAUGCACUACAGUGGCCCAACUCGGCCCUUUCAGCAGCCCUAUGGUGGCUAUCACUCCAAUGACAACGGGCUUUCUUCUCUCCUUAGGGCUGCUAUGGCUGCUCUCUGUUGUUGCUGCUUUUUGGAACAAUGCUGUAAUUUUUGGUGAUUAUUUUGGCUACUUUCUCAUAAUCACAAGUGGAUAUUCCAAAUUAUCAAUAUAAUAAUGGAUGUACUACAAUUUUUUCAUAAUAAUCUUAUUACUUGUGAUGUGAAUUGUUUCAA